AUGAGGUCGCAAACCUUCUGGCGUCUCUCGCUCGCCGUACUUGGCAUGGCUUGCCAUGGUGUUGCCGGUUUGGGAUACUGGAUCGACGAAGACUCUUGCAACCCUGACAUGCGAAACGCCGUAGCGAGCGCUGUUGAGAGAGGUCUCAAAAUGGCUAGAGCCGGUGUGACGAACGCGAACAAUGCAGACAGGAACCCAGCUGGUCCAGAACAGAAGCUUAUCGACAAUUUGUUUGGAGAAGAUCCCCCAAACGCAGCAGACGACAAGAAAAUCAAGAAUAUUAUAAGAAAUAUGUGGGGUGGUAGGUUUUCGAGGAUCACAAGAUCGACUAGAAAGCCGUCAUUGUCUCAGACUCUGGACAUAGUAAUCUACUGUGAUGAGAGGCGGCUCAAAGUCCGAAAGAGUAACCCUCUCAAGUCCUUUGAUACUGAUACCAAUGUGGUUGUAGAUACAGGAGACUGUAUCGGCGCCGUUGCAUAUGUCACACUGCGUGGCGCCACUGAUUUAAGAUACAAUCAACUUCAGAUCUGCCCGGCAUUCAUGAACGUAGUCCUGAACAGCCCUUUCAGGACUGGCGAUCAAUUGCCAACGACUUUUUGGUCUAAGAUGGUUUCCAACUUCGUCACAUUCGUUGCUAAGAUCUUCUAUACGCCGAUCGACGCCACGCAGUUGGCUGAAAAGGUUCUACUACAUGAGCUGACCCAUACCGAAAUUGGCGGAGAUACUGAGGAUGUCGGAGGAUUUUUCAAGGCCUACGGUUGGAAGAACUGCAGAACGCUUUCGCGCACCAGGGGAGAUGAAGGAGGCGACAAGAAUGCUGAUACCUGGGCGCUAUAUGGAUCUGUGUCUCUACUCAUCCAGGAACAGGAGAAGACAGUUGAUACGGACACCGGAAACAUUAUCGCUAUUACUUCUGUUACAGCACGAGCAAUUCAAGCGGUAAAAAGUGCAGCGGGGAGGUGGAUGAACUUUGUUGCUUAA